AUGGCUGAUCUCCGAGCCGCGGCGUCGCUAUCCCGACUAGGACUGCGUGCUGUCGCGCAGCCAGCUGCAUCGAUGCGCUUCUACACGCCAAUUCUGGCCCGACGCACAUUCACGCAGCCGCAAUCACGACUUGCGCUCGCGCCCUUUUCCUACCGACACGGCAUCUCCCGCAACCAGCUCGCCAGCGCAGAAGAGUCGGCCAAUCGCAACCCCGGCAAUGCCAACGCGCAAAACGCCCUGUACCAGCUCCUCCUGCGCGCCAACAUGCCCGGCAUCCUCGUCGAGCGCUACCAGUCCGGCCGCUUCGGCACCAAUCCGGCCACCGAGGACGCCUACAGAAAGGCGCUGGCGGCCCUCAACGCGGGUACCAACGCCACGUCGGGGAUCGCGUCGGGCGUCGCCUUGGGCCGUCUCGGAUAUGGUGGCUCCGAUGCCGCCAUUGCCAGCGCCGCCGUUGGCCAUGCCGGUCUUGGCAGCGCCACUGCGGGCGGCAAGGCCGAGCCGAUUCAUGUCGUGGUUCAAGAGACGACGCGCAUGUUCAUCUUCCGUUGGGUUCGGUUCUUUGCGACGUUUAUUCUGGUAACCUACCUGUGCUUCGUGGCCGUCACGAUUCUCAUCGAGUUCCUCAGCUCCUUCCGCCGCGGGGGUGGCAAGACUGACUCCGAAGUCAAGGCCGAGAACCAAAACACUCGAUUCAGCGAUGUCCACGGAUGCGACGAGGCCAAGGAGGAACUUUUGGAAGUGGUCGAAUUUCUCAAGAACCCUGAAAAGUUCUCGGACCUCGGCGCCAAACUUCCCAAGGGCGUUCUUCUUGUUGGCCCGCCCGGUACUGGCAAGACUCUGCUCGCCAGAGCCGUGGCCGGCGAAGCGGGCGUGCCAUUCUUCUACAUGUCUGGAUCCGAAUUUGACGAGAUUUAUGUCGGUGUCGGUGCGAAGCGUGUUCGCGAGCUCUUUGCCGCCGCCAAGGCCAAGUCACCUGCCAUCAUCUUCAUUGACGAGCUGGAUGCUGUCGGUGGAAAGCGUAACCCUCGCGACCAGGCCCAUUCCAAGCAGACACUGAACCAGCUCCUGACCGAGCUGGAUGGAUUUGAUCAAGAUACCAAGAUUAUCAUCAUGGCUGCCACCAACUUGCCCAAGCUGCUCGACAAGGCUCUCACCCGACCGGGACGAUUUGACCGCCACAUUGACGUUGGUCUUCCUGACGUGCGCGGCCGCAUUGCCAUUCUGGAACAUCACGCGAAGAAGAUUAAGCUGGCGCAAGAUGUCGAUCUCAAGGCUGUCGCUGCUCGCUCUCCUGGUCGCUCUGGUGCCGAGCUAGAAAAUAUGCUCAACUUUGCUGCGCUGCAUGCUAGUCGCGCCAAAGCCAGCGUCAUUUCGAGGGGCGAUCUUGAGUGGGCAUUCGAUCGCGUGAGCAUGGGUGCUGACAAGAAGUCGAUGGUCAUUUCGGAAAAGGAAAAGGAGAUGACUGCUUAUCACGAGGCUGGCCACGCACUUGUUCAACUCUUUGACAAGGAAAGUGAUAGCAAACUCUACAAGGUGACGAUUCUGCCCAAGGGUGGAUCACUCGGUCACACGGCGCACGUCCCGGCCAUGGACAAGUACUCCACCACGGCCGCCGAAUACACUGCCAAUAUUCGCGUACUUCUCGGUGGCAAGAUGGCCGAAGAGAUGCGAUACGGCGACGAUAGGGUCACCUCGGGAGUGUCCAAUGAUCUGGAGCGCGCUACAGACUUGGGUUUCAUGAUGGUCGCGCAGUUUGGCAUGUCCUCGGUUCUCGGCCCCAUGGAAUACGGACGCCGCUACGAGAACCUAAGUUCGGAAACCAGAGCCAUCAUCGAGGCGGAGGUGCAAAAGAGCCUAAAGAAGUCGUAUGAGGAUGUGCGCAAACUAUUGACGGAGAAGCGCAAAGAACUGGACCUCCUCGCGCAGGCACUGGUCAAGUAUGAGACAUUGGAUAAGGACGAGGUGGAGAUUGUCAUUCGUGGUCAGCCUUUACCUAACCGACCGGUUCUCGCCCGCGGGCCAAUGCUCAUUCCGGUGCCGGCUGAGCCUCCCACGCCUCCGGGGCUGGGCGGUGUGUCCCAUCCCGAACCUGAAUCGCCGGCUCCUCCGGCUCCCGCAGAAUGA